AGGCCUCCGCCAAGGGCGCAACCGCGCGCAGCCGCCGGGCGCGAGGUGUUGACCGGCGUCCUAGCAACAGGCGGGCGCCGACCGCGGCACGGCAGGGCGCUGGCUGCAGUGGUUGUGCUAAGCAGGUCUGAGCACUGGCGGGUCCCAUGGGUGUGGCUCUGGCGAAAUUGGCGCAGUGGACUGCUGCUGGACAUGGAGCUGGAACCCUGGAAAUCACCCCUCUAAAUGAAGCGAUAUUGAAAGAAGUUAUUACGUUUGUGGAGAGUUUUAUCUAUAAAUAUCCACAAGAGGCAAAAUUUGUUUUUGUGGAACCACUUGAGUGGAACACAAGUUUGGAACCUUCAGAAUUUGAAUCAGGUUAUGUUGUCAGUGAAACAACAGUCAUAUCAGAAGAAGUUGACAAAAAUGGACAGCCUUUGCUAUUUCUCUCUGUACCACAAAUUAAAAUUAGGAGCUUUGGGCAGCUGUCACGCUUGUUAUUUAUUGCCAAAACUGCGAAGCUGAAGGAAGCACAAGCGUGUGUUGAAGCUAACAGAGACCCCAUAGUAAAAAUCCUGGGCUCCGAUUAUAAUGCAAUGAAAGAAGACUCAAUUGCAUUAAGUAUUCUUGAUAAAAUUACCAGAGAUGAUGAUCCUGAAAGUGAAAUUAAGAAGAAGAUUGCUAUGCUGCUUAAGCAAUUGGAUCAGCACCUCCUCAAUCAUUCUCUAAAACAUAUUUCGUUAGAAAUAAGUUUAAAUCCCAUGACAGUGAAGAAGGAUAUAGAACUGCUCAAACGUUUCUCGGGAAAAGGAGACCAAACAGUCUUGGAAUCUAUUGAAUAUACUUCAGAUUAUGAAUUUUCAAAUGGAUGUCGAGCCCCACCUUGGAGACAAAUUCAUGGGGAAAUUUGUUAUGUGCUGGUGAAACCUCACGAUAGUGAGACUCUGUGCAUUACUUGCAGUGCAGGAGGAGUAUUUUUAAAUGGUGGCAAAACAGAUGAUGAAGAGGACAUUAAUUAUGAGAGAAAAGGUUCCAUUUAUAAAGAUCUUGUCACAUUUUUAAGAGAAAAAUCACCACAAUUUUUAGAAAAUAUGUCUAAACAAGGGAUUAGCUUCAAUGAAGAACAGCAAAAGGAAAAGGAUCCACUUGGCGAAGCCCCGAAGAAGGAAGAAGCAGCUGCCCUCCGCAAAGACAUUUCUGGGUCAGACAAGAGGUCACUGGAGAAGAACCAAAUUAAUUUCGGGAGGAAUCAAAUGACCAAGAGAUUAGAACCAAGCUUAAACUGGAAGACCACUGUUAAUUACAAACAGAGCAAAGGCUCAGUGAAAGAAAUCCAAGAGGACAAACACACAGGAAAAUUUGAAAAAACAAGACCAUCUAUUUCACUCGCAAGAACGCAAUUACUUCGAAAGAGUGCUGAAAAGAUUGAGGAAAUCAUUAGUGACAGCUCCUCAGAAAGUGAGGAAGAUGAAGAACCAACUGACCAUCGUCAGGAAGCAAAUGCAGAUUUGCCAUCAGAAUAUUGGCAAAUUCAGAAGCUGGUGAAAUAUUUAAAGGGAGGAAAUCAGACAGCUACAGUGAUUGCGUUGUGUUCAAUGAGGGAUUUCAACUUAGCUCAAGAAACCUGCCAGUUGGCCAUCAGAGAUGUUGGAGGCCUGGAAGUGCUGAUAAAUUUGCUUGAAACUGAUGAAGUCAAAUGUAAAAUUGGUUCAUUAAAAAUACUGAAGGAAAUCAGUCAUAAUCCGCAAAUCAGACGUAAUAUUGUUGACCUUGGGGGCUUACCAAUUAUGGUGAAUAUACUUGAUUCUCCACACAAGAGUCUGAAGUGUUUGGCAGCUGAGACCAUCGCGAAUGUCGCCAAGUUUAAAAGAGCACGGCGGGUGGUGAGGCAGUACGGGGGGAUCACCAAACUGGUUACUCUACUAGACUGUGCACACGAUUCCACAGAACCCGCCCAGCUGAGCCUGUAUGAGGCCAGAGAUGUGGAAGUGGCUCGCUGCGGGGCACUGGCCCUGUGGAGCUGCAGCAAGAGUCAUGCGAAUAAAGAAGCCAUCCGCAAAGCGGAGGGCUUUCCUCUCCUGGCUCAGCUGCUGAAGACUUCUCAUGAAAACAUGCUAAUUCCAGUGGUGGGGACAUUGCAAGAGUGUGCAUCAGAGGAAAACUACCGGGCUGCAAUCAAAGCAGGAAGGAUCAUUGAAAGCCUUGUCAAGAACCUAAGUAGUCAGAACGAGCAGCUGCAGGAGCACUGCGCCAUGGCCAUUUACCAGUGUGCUGAAGAUGAGGAAACCCGAGACCUCGUUAGGCUGCAUGGAGGACUUAAACCCCUGGCCAGUCUACUCAGUAAGACUGACAAUAAAGAGCGGUUGGCCGCUGUCACAGGGGCAAUAUGGAAAUGUUCCAUCAGCAAAGAGAAUGUGACCAAGUUUCGGGAAUACAAAGCCAUUGAAACCUUGGUGGGACUUUUAACAGAUCAGCCUGAAGAGGUACUUGUGAAUGUGGUUGGGGCCUUGGGAGAAUGCUGCCAAGAACAUGAAAACCGAGUCAUUAUCCGGAAAUGUGGUGGCAUUCAACCACUUGUGAACCUCCUUGUUGGAAUAAACCAAGCCCUUCUUGUGAAUGUUACAAAAGCAGUUGGUGCUUGUGCGGUCGAACCUGAAAGUAUGAUGAUCAUUGAUCGCUUAGAUGGAGUUCGUUUGUUGUGGUCCUUGCUGAAAAAUCCUCACCCAGACGUGAAGGCCAGCGCAGCGUGGGCACUUUGUCCAUGCAUCGAAAAUGCCAAGGAUGCUGGGGAAAUGGUUCGUUCCUUUGUUGGUGGUUUGGAACUUAUCGUCAAUUUACUGAAAUCAGAUAACAAAGAAGUUUUGGCAAGUGUAUGUGCUGCCAUUACCAACAUAGCAAAAGAUCAAGAAAAUUUAGCUGUUAUUACAGAUCAUGGAGUUGUUCCUUUAUUGUCCAAGCUGGCAAAUACAAAUAACAAUAAACUGAGGCAUCAUCUAGCAGAAGCUAUUUCACGUUGCUGUAUGUGGGGCAGGAACAGAGUGGCCUUUGGUGAGCACAAAGCAGUGGCUCCAUUAGUGCGUUACCUGAAAUCAAAUGACACCAACGUGCAUCGGGCAACAGCUCAGGCCUUGUACCAACUCUCAGAAGAUGCUGAUAACUGCAUUACCAUGCAUGAGAAUGGUGCAGUAAAGCUUCUACUGGAUAUGGUUGGGUCCCCUGACCAGGAUCUCCAGGAAGCUGCAGCUGGUUGUAUAUCCAAUAUCCGCAGGCUGGCUCUUGCUACAGAGAAGGCAAGAUACACUUGAACUUUAAAUGGACAUUACAAGCUACAAAAUUCUACAUGGCACAGGACAUGUCACUCCCAUGACCAGGAAGCCUAAAUUGGGAAACAUUUAUUAGCGAAUCCUUUCAACCGUCUAAAUGAAAACACACAAAUUGAAAACACACAGGAUGUUUUUCAUCUGAAGAUUGCGUGGAGACUUUUGCUUCUAUUUAAUGUUUGAGGGAUAUGACAUGUAAUAAGAUGGAAAGCCAAUAAAUCUGUGAUAAGUUUCUGUGAAUUUGAGAAUAUACAUAUACAGUAUAUAUAUAUAGUGCAGUGAUGCUUUUGUAUUUGGGUGGUUUUAAUAAAGGAUACGGCCAUACCAAUG